GAGAUUGUGAUGAUAAACCUUAAUGAUUAUGUCUAAGCAGCAUCUUUGCAGUACUAAACCACAUGCAAAGUCUUUUAGGUUGAUCUACCUACAGUCUCAGGAUUCAUGACACAAAAAGAUAUGUCCCCUCAGUGAGAACUUCAAGGCUCAUUAUCAUUACCACUUUACUCUCUACCCCACACAACUUCAACUCAAUCACCGGUAAGACAGUGACUUAAAAAGGACAGAGCAUGGACCCAAACAGCAGAACAAGAAGAAUUGGCGUUGGAGGAGCCGUUGUAGCUGCAGGCUCUGUUUGGGAAGCGAGAAUGCAGAGCGACGACGAAGCUAGUGUUAAUAACGCCAUCGUCAAGGCCACUCAUCUCCAAGCUGUCGACGGAGGAGACAAGAAUUGUAACAAGCAGAUGAGCUUAAAGGAGGGGGUUAACGGAAAGCGACCCGCAUGGAAGACAGAUGUGAAGCUCGCGAGGCCGAGAUCGAUUGGUGCUACUCCUCCUGCGGUGACGACGCCGAGGAGGUCCAUUGGUACUACUCCUCCGAUGACGCCGAGGAGAUCGAUCUCUAGCGAGUCAAGUGAUAAGAGUUUGACUUUGUCGGUGGCGUUGAAGAAGGCGAGAUCUGAUUCCGUAGAAGGAGGUGAGAAGACUCCGGGUCGGGUUAAGAAGAUCCGAUCGGAGCUUUGUAAGGCGAUCGUAAAGUCCGGUGAGUUAGAUACAGUUGCGUUGAGGAAAGUGAGCUCAUUGCCAGCUCAGAGCUCGGAGAAAACUAAUGAGAAAACAGAGGAUGUAGAUUUAAAAACAGAGGAGACCGUUGACGAAAAGAAGCAGCUCACAGAGGAGGAAGUCAAAGAUCUCGAUGUCUGUCAGGAGAUAGCCGUCUUCGCUGAUUCGAAGGAAGAUGAGCAGAUUGACAGUGGCGAUCACGAGGAAGAAGAAGUGGAGAAGAAGAGUGUUGAUGUAAAAGAGAUGAAUGCCCCCAAGGAGGAUAGCAAAAACAGAGUUGUUGAUGUUGAGAUUAAAAAGUACAGUCAAUCUCACAACAGAGUAGCUCCAUCUCCCUCCGCCGUCCGUAAAAUUCCGCCGCCUGUGAUAAAAGGGGCAGCUUCCGUUUAUACGGUCCCACCAAGCACAGGUACAUUUGCUGAGAAAGAAGAGAACUUUACUCAUUCGCAGAGCAAAUUACAGAGUCUCGUGGAUCUGGUGAUGUGGAGAGAUGCAUCAAGGUCGGCGCUUGUGUUCGGCCUCGGAACAUUCCUCAUUGUCUCUUCCUCAUACGCCAAUGAUCUCAACGUCAGCUUCAUAUCAGUGGUAGCGUAUGUGGGACUCAUCUAUCUUGGCGUCAUGUUCGUAUUCAAAGCCGUGAUCCGCAGGGGAGUAGUGGAGGAGGAAGAGAGGCAUAGAGGAGUUGGAGUAAGAGAAGAAGAUGUGAAGAGGAUGCUUAGAGUCAUAAUGCCUUACCUCAACGAGUCUCUGCUUCAACUCAGAGCCCUUUUCUCCGGCGAUCCUUCCACCACACUCAAGAUGGGAGUGGUGUUGUUCGUCUUGGCGAGGUGUGGCUCUUCUAUCACUCUUUGGAACCUUGCCAAAUUUGGCUUUUUGGGAGCAUUCACAGUACCUAAAAUCUUCAUCUCCUACUCAACACACUUCUCUGCUUACGGGAAGUUCUGGAUGAAAAGAUUCAGGGAUGCAUGGGAAUCGUGUAGUCACAAAAAGGCAGUGGCGUUGGCACUCUUCACCCUCGUCUGGAACCUCUCAUCCGUCGUUGCCCGUGUAUGGGCAGCAUUCAUGCUCUUCGUUGCCUUUAAAUACUAUCAGGAGAAGAUGAUUUGGACGGCUGAUCAAGAAGAUGACCUUGAUGAUGAGGAACAUGUAGAUGACGACCAUGUUGAAGAAGAAGAACUAGUUCCUAAACCCAUUCAUAAACCCGAAAGAGCUACUUACACGAUGAUGCCUAAUAAACUCAAGAAAAUUUCUUGAACAUUCUUUUUUAUCCUCCCAUAUAUAAACAUCAUGUAAUCUCUUUAGUUUUUCGUUAGGUCCCCUGUUACCUUAGUUACUCCACUCUAUAUCUAUAUAUACACAGCUUUUAUACGUUUAAAGCACGGAGUUAAAUAGUUUAUUA